AUGAUGGCUGUAGUAUCUGCGACCUCUAACGGCGCAGAUGAAAACCCCGUUGCGAUAAAAGAGGACAAGAAAGGAUGGUUAUCCAAGCGCACUCAUUUUACACACCGGUGGAGACGCGCAUGGUUUCAGUUGAAAGAAAGUCUACUGUUGUAUGGUGAAAAUGAAGAGGUAAGAAGACAACACCUAUGCAACAUGUCACGCAAGCUAAGACUAAAUUGUCCUUUAGGAGACAGCAUUUUUGCCCCUAUGUUUAUGACAAAGUAGCCUAUAAUAUAGCUAUGCGACCAAGCGUUACAUUGUAACUUUCAGGGCUGUCAGUGCAACAUGUUCACCUACUUCCUACUGUGUUGUCCUGUUACCAUAGCAGCGGGCCGUUUACUGACGUCUACAGUAGCAAAGUGGCAAGGUAUCGCUUAGCUGGGUGUUUUGAACACUGUUAAAGGAAUACAAAGUCAAUAAAAAGUAGGGUAUUGUUAAUUAGUCUACAUGUAUCCUUGGCAUGUCGAGACAGUAGGCUAUAUUGCAUUUACUUUGGCAUUUUAUUACAAGGCAGCAACCUAUAGGCCUAGUUCAUACAGUGAGGGAAAAAAGUAUUUGAUCCCCUGCUGAUUUUGUACAUUUGCCCACUGACAAAGAAAUGAUCAGUCUAUAAUUUUAAUGGUAGGUUUAUUUGAACAGUGAGAGACAGAAUAACAACAAAAAAAUCUUAUAAAUUGAUUUGCAUUUUAAUGAGGGAAAUAAGUAUUUGACCCCCUCUCAAUCAGAAAGAUUUCUGGCUCCCAGGUCUCUUUUAUACAGGUAACGAGCUGAGAUUAGGAGCACACUCUUAAAGGGAGUGCUCCUAAUCUCAGUUUGUUACCUGUAUAAAAGACACCUGUCCACAGAAGCAAUCAAUCAAUCAGAUUCCAAACUCUCCACCAUGGCCAAGACCAAAGAGCUCUCCAAGGAUGUCAGGGACAAGAUUGUAGACCUACACAAGGCUGGAAUGGGCUACAAGACCAUCGCCAAGCAGCUAGGUGAGAAGGUGACAACAGUUGGUGCGAUUAUUCGCAAAUGGAAGAAACAUGAAAGACCUGUCAAUCUCCCUCGGCCUGGGGCUCCAUGCAAGAUCUCACCUCGUGGAGUUGCAAUGAUCAUGAGAACGGUGAGGAAUCAGCCCAGAACUACACGGGAGGACCUUGUCAAUAAUCGCAAGGCAGCUGGGACCAUAGUCACCAAGAAAACAAUUGGUAACACACUACGCCGUGAAGGACUGAAAUCCAGCAGCGCCCGCAAGGUCCCCCUGCUCAAGAAAGCACAUAUACAGGGCCGUCUGAAGUUUGCCAAUGAACAUCUGAAUGAUUCAGAGGAGAACUGGGCGAAAGUGUUGUGGUCAGAUGAGACCAAAAUUGAGCUCUUUGGCAUCAACUCAACUCGCCGUGUUUAGAGGAGGAAUACUGCCUAUGACCCCAAGAACACCAUCCCCACCGUCAAACAUGGAGGUGGAAACAUUAUGCUUUGGGGGUGUUUUUCUGCUAAGGGGACAGGAGAACUUCACCGCAUCAAAGGGAUGAUGGACGGGGCCAUGUACCGUCAAAUCUUGGGUGAGAACUUCCUUCCCUCAGCCAGGGCAUUGAAAAUGGGUCGUGGAUGGGUAUUCCAGCAUGACAAUGACCCAAAACACACGGCCAAGGCAACAAAGGACUGGCUCAUGAAGAAGCACAUUAAGGUCCUGGAGUGGCCUAGCCAGUCUUCAGACCUUAAUCCCAUAGAAAAUCUGUGGAGGGAGCUGAAGGUUCGAGUUGCCAAACGUCAGCCUCGAAACCUUAAUGACUUGGAGAAGAUCUGCAAAGAGGAGUGGAACAAAAUCCCUCCUGAGAUGUGUGCAAACCUGGUGGCCAACUACAAGAAACGUCUGACCUCUGUGAUUGCCAACAAGGGUUUUUCCACCAAGUAUUAAGUCAUGUUUUGUAGAGGGGUCAAAUACUUAUUUCCCUCAUUAAUAUGCAAAUCAAUUCAUAACAUUUUUGACAUGCAUCUUUUUGGAUUUUGUUGUUGUUAUUCUGUCUCUCACUGUUCAAAUAAACCUACCAUUAAAAUUAUAGACUGAUCAUGUCUUUGUCAGUGGGAAAACGUACAAAAUCAGCAGGGGAUCAAAUACUUUUUUCUCUCACUGUAUAUGCGUUACAAAUUGCACCCUAUUCCCUUUGUAGUGUACUACUUUUGACCAGGGCCCAUAGGAUGUAGACUUUAUUUGUAUUACAUUUUUAUUUAACCUUUAUUUAGCCAGGGAAUCAUGCUAAGACCAAGGUCUCUUUUGCAGAUGAGCCCUGCAUGAACACAUCAAUGAACAACAAUUACACUAUACACAUCUAUAUACACAUCAAUUACGCUAUACAUACUGUAUCGAUAUACACAUAAAUUACAUAAUACAUGAAAAGCAAACACAAAACAUGAAAAGCAAAACACAAUCAAAUGAAACAUACACGUUCUUCAGUGAAAAGGCCCUCUAACAUCCGCCUGAAUUGCCCUAGAGGCACCAACUCCACCAACUUUAAGGACUUUUGGAGAUCAUUCAACAUGAGAGGCGCAAAAAAACAAAAAGCAGAUGUACUCGGUGGAGAUUGAAGGGAUCUCCAGGGUUAUCCAUCCCUGAGUCCGUGUCUUAUAACUUAUAUGUCUGAAGGUUAACAAUGAGGUAAGGUAUGGCGGAGGUUUAUGCAAGAGGGCUUUAUAGACAAAAAGAGUACAAUGCAUCGAUCUACAAGGCUUCAAAGAGAGCUAGCCUACUUCCUGAUACAAAAUGCAAUGAUGUUCACUGAACCUAUCCCCCGUAAUAAAGCGCAAUGCGCUAUGAUAAACAAUUGCUUCAAUACAGUGUCAGCUGCAUUCAUAUAGACAAUAUCGCCAUAGUCAAUAACCGGAAUGAAUGUUGACUGAAUGAUUUGUUUUCUGCUAUUUAACGAAAGACAGGACCUGUUCCUAUAGAAGAAGCCUAUUUUAAUUCUUAAUUUCUUAACUAACUCAUCAACAUGCUUUUUUAAAGAUAGCUUUUCGUCAAUCCAGAUGCCCAGAUAUUUAUAAGCGGGGACAUGGUCAAUGAGGGCACCAUCCAAAGUACGCAUGAAUAAAUCAUCAGAUACAUUUUACAUGAUUUGGAAAAUAACAUAUACUUGGUUUUACCUGCAUGAAGUACCAUUUCAGUUCAACAAAGGCUUUCUGCAGGCCAAUAUAGGGAAUAUGGUGCCAUUUGGGAUGCACAAUAUAUAGGGAAUAGGGUGCCAAUUGGGAAGCACAACAUAUCUGCCAUCUAAAUAAAACAACAUCACUUCUCCUUCAUCCAGAAGCUUCUGAAGACCAUCAACCUGGUUGGGGCAGUGGUAGACGUUGUUGAAGGAGGAGACGGAUCAUUCGAAUGGACUAUUACUCCUAAGGACAGGAAGCGGACCUUCUUCCUCCGAGCUGGCACCAUAGCAGAACAGCAGGGGUGGAUGGAGGCUAUA